GAAUCAUGAGGUUAUAAAUGCAGCUGCAGUAAAUGAAGGCAGAACUUUCCCUCCGGUUCUGACAGAAGAUUGCUGUUUAUCAGCAGGAGAACAUAAACCACAGACUGGAGACAAACAGAUAAGAAAGGAUAUUGACAGUUACUGACUGGAAGCAGCUGAAGCAGGCAGAUUGGCAACAAAGAAGAAUCUACAAUGGCUGUCAAGACGUGGGGGUUACUGACCAUAACUCUGUUCAUCGUUGUGGUUGUAAUUCUGAUGCUCCACUGGCUGAACAUCAUCACACUGACUGAUGUAUUCACAUCUCAGAGGAACCUCUCAAAGUUGGUCAUCGCAGCAUUAGACGAUCCAAAGAUAUCCGGGGCGUUAGCACUGAUAACCACUGUGCUCUUCAUCAAGUCAAACUCCCUCACAACAAUUCUCUGGCUAGUUGUGUCUGCAGUAUUUAGCCUGCAUUGGUUGAACAUCGUUCCACUGCCGGGUUUCUUCCCAUCAGCAUUAGAUGGUCCUAAGAUAUCAGGAGCAGUAACGGUGUCAAUCAUACUGUCUCUUACUCUGUCAACCUCAUUGACAACAAUUAUCUUGGCUGCUGUGAAUGUUGUUUUUUGGUUUAAUUGGCUGAACAUCAUCACUCUGACUGAUGUAUUCACUUCUGAGAGGAACGUCUCAGAGUUAGUCUUCACAGCAUUAGAUGAUCCUACGUUUUCUGGAGGGUUAGCACUGACAGUCACUGUGUUUUUCAUUAAGUCAAACUCCCUCACAACAACUCUGUUGGUUGUUGUGUCUGCAGUAUUUAGUCUGCACUGGUUAAACAUCAUUACACUGGCAGGUUUCUUCCCAUCAGCAUUAGAUGAUCCUAAGAUAUCAGAAGCGAUGAUGGUGACGAUCACAGUGUUUUUCACUCUGUCAAACCCAAUGACUACCACUGUCUUUGCUGCUGUGAAUGUUGUUCUUUGGUUUAAUUGGCUGGAAAUCAUCUCACUGAAGGAUGUAUUCUCAUCUGAGAUAAACCUUUCCGAGUUCGUCUUCACAGUAUUAGAUGAUCCGAAGAUGUUGGGAGUGUUAACACCAGCAAUCACUGCGUUUUUCAUGUCCAACUUAUGGGUAAUAACUCUCUCACUUACUGUGUAUGCAAUCGUUUGUUUGCAUCGCUUUAACAUCGUUACACUGACAAAUUUCUUCCCGUCAUGGUUAAAGAAUCCCAAAAUAUUAGGAGUGUUCAUAGUGACAACCGCAGUGCUUCUCACCGUGUCAACCUCACUGGUAACAGCUCUCUCAGUUGUUGUGAACGUCAUACUUUGGUCCAAUUGGCUGAAAAUCAUCAACCUGACGGAUGUUUUCACAUCCGACAGGAACCUUUUAAAGUUGGUCAUCCUGGCAUUAGACAAUCCAAAGAUAUCAGGAGUGUUAACAUUGACGAUCUCUGUCUUCUUCUUCAUAUCAAACGUGCUGGUAAUAACUAUCUCAGUUAUUGUGUCUUUAGUAUUUAGUUUGCAUCGGUUUAACAUCAUUUCACUGACACAUGUCUUCCCUUCAGGGUUAAAGAACCCUAAAAUAUUAGGAGUCUUAAUAGUGACAGUCACUGUGUUCCUGACUUUCUCAACCUCUUUGAUAACAACCCUCUCAGUUGCUGUGAAUAUCACACUUUGGUUCAACUGGCUGGACAUCAUCACAGUGACAGACUUGGUCACACUGGGCUCAGAUGUAUUCAUGUCGUGCAACAGUUGGUCAAACUACUCAAAGACCCGCGCUGAGUCAAGCCCAGGAGCUAAACGAUUGGCUGAUGUUGUCAAAGGGAAAAGCACUCUAAUAACGUCACAAACUGGCUGUACCCCGGUUUACAGACUUCCACUAGAAGAGAAACAGAUCAACAUUAAUGGCUGCAAGAGUUUCACUUUUGGAGAGAAAUCUAUGAAUUGUAACAGAAACAUCAUGGUUCUUGGAGCUGCAGGUGCUGGAAAGUCCACUGCCAUCAAUGCGAUGAUAAACUACGUUCUAGGCGUUAGAUGGGAAGACUCGUUUCGGUUUAAGUUAGUGGAUGAAGGUCAGUCAGACUCACAGGUUCACAGUCAGACAUCAGAAAUCACAGUGUACAAACUCUACCACCAGGAGGGAUUCAGGGUGAACUACUCCCUCACCAUCAUAGACACUCCAGUAUUUGGGGGAAUCGGCGGCGUAGACAGAGACAAGGAGAUCACAGAGCAGCUGCGAAACCUCUUUGCUAACCAGGAAGGUGUUGGUGAAGUUGAUGCUGUGUGUUUUGUAGUUCAGGCAGGUCUAACUGAACUGACAUCAACACAAAGAUAUGUGUUUGAUUCAGCGCUGUCAAUCUUUGGCAAAGAUGUGGCAGAAAACAUCAGGAUCCUGGUGACAUUUGCAGACGAGCAGCAGCAACCAGUUGUAGAGGCCAUCAAAGUGUCCGGUGUCCCAUGUCCUAAAGGUGCAGACGGGCUGCCAGUUCACUUCAAAUUCAAUAACUCAGUUCUGUUUGCUAACAACAAACCCUCCUUAGUAAGACGCAUAAUUUGGCCCUAUAAAGAGAAAACCUUUGAGUAUUGGAACAUGGGGACAAAGAACAUGGCCGGUUUCUUUGCUAGCCUAGCUAACAUCAAAACCAUAAGGUUGACAAUGACCAAUGAGGUUCUGAAAGAAAGAAAGCACCUGGAAAGUACAGUGGAGGAGCUGCAGAAGCAGGUUAAACUUGGCUUAGCCAAGCUGGAGGAUAUCAGGGAGACAAACGACAAACUCAAAGAGCAUGAAGCAGAAAUCAGAAACAAUGAGAACUUUGUGUUUCACAUCACUGGGAGAAAGAACAGGCAAAUUGAUAUUUCUCACACUGGGCAGUAUAUUACCAACUGCAUGCAGUGCUAUGUUACCUGUCACUAUCCUUGUGGCAUACCGAAUGAUGAUGGUAAGAAAGGAUGUUCUGCAAUGAACCAAGAUGGAUACUGUCAUGUAUGUCCAGGGAAAUGUUUCUGGAAUGUGCAUUCCAACCAGAGCUUCAGAUGGGAAUAUAGUCAAGUUAAUGAAGCACAAACAGUGAAACAACUGAAAGAAAAAUACGAGAAAGCUUGUGGACAGAAGGUAACCUUAGAGGAGCUGAUGAAAAAUCUGAUGUCAGAGUAUCGAUCUAUGCAGGAUGAUGUGGUGAAACUGAUUGCAGAAGCUGCAAAGUGUCUGAACAGAAUGAAAGAGAUAGUCCUGAACCCAAACCCCCUUACUACUCCAGAAUACAUCAACAUGCUUAUUAAAGGAGAGGAACAGGAGGCCAAGCCAGGCUGGGAGGAGAGAGUUCAGUCUCUGAUGAAACUGAAGGAAAAGGCAGAGAUCAUAGCUAAAGUAGAGAAGGAAGUUCUGGGUCAUUAGUAAUCUGAUGUUUCACAACAAAUCUAAAAACAGACAACGAUCAGUCAGCUACCAACACUGGCUGGGAUGUUUUCAGUUUCAUUGAUUUUUGCUUCUUUAAAUGGCUUUGCUAAUAAUUGUAUUGUAUUUUGUGGGUUUUGCUGGGAAUCAAAUCAAGUUGUUUUACUUUGUCAUUUUAAAGAUGUCUCCACCAGUAUUUGUUGGGGUUUGGAGUCACAACUGCUAACAAAUAUCUAAAACCUGUGAAUAUCUUAGAUCCCACCCAAAGGCUCUUACAACUCUUACUAUUUUAACAGUUCAAACACCAAAUAUACCUUUAUAUUCAUUAAUACAUCCAGUGGAAACAGUUUUGCCACUAUCCACAGUCUUCCUUUUCGCCGUUCUUGUGGGUUCAGCCAAUCAGUGCCAAGGAAAAUGAACGGUGCUCCUGGAUUGGCUGCUUUGCAAAUAGCCAGUCGUGUAUCAAGUGUCUCAAGUAGAAUUGCAGCAAAAAUAUUUCAGCUUUCUAAAUUUCAUGUUUUCAUAAAUAUUUGAGAUUUUCUUCAAAUAAUUUGGAGUUUCGUUCCGCAUAAAAUCAGCAAAUUGGUGAAUCUGUGAACUCUGAACCGCGAUCAGACGGGCGUCCGCUGUGUCUUUGGGCUGUUGAUGAUUCUGUGUACCUGCUUUUCACUUUGGGUGGAAAUGUAGAUUUUUUUUCUUAUUUUGUUUAGUUGAAAGAAAAACCUGUCCUUUCUCACACAUAGAGAUCUCCUCCUCAAUGCAUUAUUUUCAUUUGAUAUUUUGAAAGGUUCCACAAUACAGAUUUUAGGGUUUGUGUGAAUGUCAUGUAAUGGCAGCAAACGGAUUCAUAAGUGGAUAAUUAUCCAUUGGAUCCAGUUAUCCAGCAGAUAAUUGGAUUGAAAUUACUUUUUUGUAAAGUCCCUGAAACUAUGUUGUUAUGAACUGGCAUUUUGUGAAUAAACUGAAUUUAAUUGA